CUCAUUCCAUUCCAUGAAUUGAACGAAGUUGUGUACAGUUUCCACUAGUUACUGUCAAUGUGUGUGGCAAAAUGAAACCAAACAACUCGUAAUUUGAUGUAAAUAUCACCAUUCAGCUCCUCAGAGUAAAGGUGUAUUAAAAUGCCUGUUGCUAUGCCGGUAGUUUUGCGAGCAAAGUGUGUGGUUGUAGGUGAUUCUACGGUGGGUAAAAGCGCACUGACCCAAGUUUUCCACAGUGAUGGCACACACUUUCCAAAAGCCUACUCCAUGACAAUCGGAGUAGAGCUGUGCGUUAAAAGUGUGAACAUUCCAGAAACUAGUAACAGUGUGGAAUUAUACAUCUAUGAUUCAGCAGGGAAGGAAAUGUUCUCAGAUCAUGUUCAGCAGAUGUGGGACAGCCCCUCAUUGGCUGUUGUGGUGUGCGACUUGGCCAAUGAGAAGUCUCUAUCCAGCUGUGUAAAAUGGCUAGAACGGGUCAAGGCCAAAGCAGGGCGAGACAUCCAUGCUGUCCUAGUUGGGAACAAGACUGAUCUGGACACCAGGCGAGUGGUGACUGCAGAGAUGGCACAGAAAGCUGCUGCUGGGAUGGAGGUCGUGUACUUUGAAUGCUCUGCGAAGGAGCGGGAGAACGUGGAAGCCCCAUUCUACUUCUUAGCAAAUGCCUUCUACAAACAGUACCAGGAGAAAGUGGCAAUGACAGAAUCAUUAUGUGAAUGACGUCAACUGCCUGUGGGAAAUACCAACUAUGUGAAUGACUUGAACUACAUGCUCAGAAUACUAAAUGAGGGAUGUCUUGCACUGACAGGUGCAGACAGGACUGAGUAGAAGCAGCUUCUAGUUGUAGUUGUCCCCUUGUGCAUGUGUACCCCUCUAACGGUGAUAUUGCAAUUUUUUCCAUACAGUGUAGGAGGCCUGUUCCCUGAUCCGAGACUUGGGGGGUUCUUCAAAUCCCAAAGUGGAACUUUUUAUAUGCGAGCGUGGAGCGCGAAGCCCUUACGGCGUGGGGUUCGGGGCCUGCUUUGAAAAAUAUUGGAUACUACAUGUAGAUGCUCUUUGGUGCAAUCUGAGGCAUUUCCUGGCCACUUUCCUCCGACUUUUUGAAUCAAAUUUGCUCGUAUUUACAACUUGAAGGCUAGAUUUUUAAGGGGGAUGGGCCAUCAAAAAUUGAUAUUUUGUUAGGCAUUUUUGUUUUGUUUUUUAUUUCUGAGCGUAACUCUUCACCGAGCAGGGGGUUCGUUCGAAAACCCACCCCCAACCCCCCAAGCGUAUGGGCCUGGUGCAGGUACUUGGUAUUAUUUUUGUUUCAUGUGUGCUCUUUUAUUUAAUGUAAACUUGGCUAAAGACACGCAAAGUAAGUUCAUGCUUUGACCUUGUGUGAUUGGUAAUUGGCGAUCUACCCUACCCAGUUGGCACAGUGCUUGGCUUGGAUGUGUACAAUCUAAUGCUAGCUCCCUUGAAACAUAAUGUUCCUCUGUUGGUUGUCAACACUCAACAGCACCCUGAACAAUUCUCAUACAAAGCGUACAUGGAUGCAGGGUAUACGUACAUCACAUUUGUCUUGAAAUGAUCUUAAGUUAUUAAUUAAAUAGUUAGCCCCAUAAAUGCAUUUCAAAUACAGUGGAACGUCGCUAUACCGAACACCGCUAUACCGAACAUUCGGCUAUACCGAACAUCGUCCUUGGCU